AUGAGAACAGGCAGGUGUAGCGAAAGUACUAAUUCCAUGAUUAAAUGCAUUUGUAGAUUCAAAGGUUCUGAUUCAAAAUCCGAUUAUCAUGAAAUUUCAAGUAGGAAAACACCUCUCUCACCAUCAAGUUUCCUCGUUGACCGAGAUACCUCCAAACAGGAAAUUAAGAGAGGGAUACCAAUUCCCCGCCUCUCCCAUUUCCUCCUACUCUUCCUCUUCGCAUUCAAUUCUUUAGUUAACGCAGCCUACGACAUCAACGAUGGCGAAAAAGACUACGCAAAAGAAGGUGACACAGCCCUAGGCAUCAAACUUGACCUCAACUUCGCAAGGACCUGGCCAAACGUGGAUCCAAAGGACUCAACGGUCAUCCGAAAUUGGGUCUUCAGCAGCCAUCUCAAGUUCAAGGGACUAGUCAACGAUGAGACGAAUGGUAUCGAGGAUGAGCAGCUUUGGCAGAUCGCACUCACAGGAUACAAUGAGAUGCAAGCAAACCAGGAAGCUUACGGGAUCCCUAAGAGGCAGAGAAGCAAAGCUAUGACGGUCCUUGCAUUCGAUCACGAACUCAUACUCGCUUCGUCGCAGAAAGGCGAGUCGUUCUCGUAUUAUUAUACGGAUACCCCUGUUGCUAAGGCUCUGGAGCGGUGUCAGGUUACUUGGCGGAGGGAUUUUGGGAAAGAGUCAAUCCAUAAAAAUUAG